GAAGACCUGCUGGCUUCUGAUCUAGAUCCACCAUGGACCCCCUUAGUGUCAGGAACCUGCUGCUGAUCCUCCUGCUCCCACUUUCAGACCAAAAUUUGGAGACAAAUACAACAGCUGAGCUCGAUCACUCAUCUCGUUCCAUCGAGUUCUGUCUGCAUGUUCCUGGUCAGUCCCAUUGGAGCAGCUCUAAACCAGAUAAACCAACGCCCACAAAGACGGUGCACCCACCUACCCAGCCCAAACCAGAACUGGAACCAGCCCAAGCCAGUUGGGGGUCGACCAAACCGGUAACUUCAACAGCUCCACCUGGACAGACAGAAGAAGAACAUACAACCCAACAGCCAGAACCAAUAACUGAACCACCACCGGUGAUAGAGGACGACAUAAUACCCAUGAUACACCACAGGGCUCUAUAUUCUCCUGAAAGAUGUCACUGUGACGGUAAAAACAUGAAACUCCCAACAGAAACUUCUCCAGUCAGAAGCACAGAGGUCAGGCCUCCCACGGAAAACUGUCGCUCACCUGAAUUCAUUGAAAUACUGCAAGAUGGCAGGCAAGUGUGUGUUACUGCACACAGCUUUCUAACAUACUUCAGUGAACUUGUAAGAUCACAACAGAAGGAACCUACAACCACAGUUCCACCUCCUACUACAGAGUUACCCACAACCACUCAGCCGGCUCCCAUAGACAUCAAAGGCAAUGUGCCUCAGUGUGAAGUUUGCACAUCAGAUUUGGAAAACAUCACCCUAGAGGCUGUCCAGUCCCUCCUCGUGAGAAUGAACCCAUUCCCCUGCUCCACACUCAUUUAUGUAAACCUUAAAGAUGAUAAUAGGAGCAUCUGUGUGGACUUAGACGACGUGGGGUUUGAGAGGCUGCUGGAGAACCUUGGAACACUCCCAUCCUUUCCUCCUGACAAGACACCGAAAACCACUGUCAACAAAUGUCGCUGCAGAGACACAGAAAUAACACGUCUAUCCUCAUGUCAAAGUGCAAUGAUUUGGUUUCCCAAUGAUACUUGCAACUCUACUCAAUAUAUAGAAACACUGAUGGAUGGCACAGAGGUGUGUGUGACUCCACCCAGUCUCUUGGAUUAUUUUGACUCUGUCAGAAGCCGUCAGACUACACUGAAGACUGUGGAUUAUGUGUCCUCCCAAAGGAGUUUGGAAGUGGUACAUGUACUGCAUGUUUCAGAAAGAAUUGACGUUAUGUGUGCGCUUCUGUAUUGCCCCCCGUUUGACUGGACAAGCAUUGACUCAACGGAUGUUGAAUCGCUGCAGAUGGAAGUAAAUUCCUUCAAAUGCCCCAGCUAUCUUGAAGUCCACCUGAAACAGCUGGAUGGUCGCCCUGAUUACUUUUGUGUGUCCACCCAAGAACUGUGGUUCUCAGAUGUGCUGAAGAAACUGGACAUUAAUUGAAAGUGAUAGAA